AUGAACAAAGGUCGAGAAGAGGUAAACGAUGAUGAUACUAAGCAGGAUGGUAAGGUUGUGGCAUAUGCAUCUCGUCAGUUCAAGACGCAUGAGGCAAACUAUCCGACGCAUGAUUUGGAAUUGGCCGCCAUAGUCUUUGCUUUGAAAAAUUGGAUGCACUAUCUGUACGGCGAGAGGUGUAUUAUCUACACUGAUCACAAAAGCUUCAAUUUGUUCAACAACGAAAGUUUGUUGGCUGAGCUACAGAUUAAACUGACUUGGAUAGAACAGAUUCAGGUUAGGCAGUUAGAGGAUGAAUCGUUGGGUCUUCGAUUUCGUCAAGUGGAGAGUGGCAGCACUACGGACUUUAGGCUAAAUAAUGAUGGGGUACUCUAUUUUUGUGGUCAGAUUUGUGUACCGAAUGAUGCUGAUCUGAGCCAGGCUAUUAUGAGAAAGACGCAUAGUAUCCCUUGUGCUAUGCACCCUGGUGGGAAUAAGAUGUACCGAGAUCUUCGAAAACUAUACUGGUGGUCGGGUUUGAAAGGGGAGAAGUCUUAUGCUGAUCUGAAGAGGCGUGGGAUUGAGUAUUCUGUGGAGGAUUUCGUAUUUCUCAAGAUCUCGCCAUGGAAGAAGUAUUCUGGUUUUUUAGUUGCUUGUUCUUUCGGUUCUGGAGGUUCGUAG